AAUUAGAAUUGGUAGAAAUUAAAGAAGAACAACUUCAGGAUAUAUACAAAGAGGGAAUGAUAUGGACUAAAGAGGACGGCCCUCCACCUGACGGGUUUACUCUGUAUACCAUGGAAAGUGGCGUUACAGUUUUACGACGUAAACGACAAAGAAAUUUACAAAAGUUGGGAAUAGGUGGUUUUUUGGUACGGAUGAGAGGUAUUAGGGGUGGUAUGGACACCGACGAUGUGGACAUGUUACCAGGUCAGACGACUCCUACUUCGACCGAACCUCCAACUCAAUCAUCCCUCGCAGAGACCUCGUCGGAUAAGCCGAGACGUAAACCGGUCCGUCGAAAGCCCAAAAAUAAGUUGGUUGAAAGUUUUCCACCCUAUCUUCAAGAAGCCUUUUUUGGGCGUGAUCUUUUGGACACUAACAAAGAAUUAGACAGUUCGAGCGGAAGCGAGGAGGAAAAUUCUAAAUACGAGAAAGAAAAAGACUCCAAAACUAUACAAUUAUCUCAGGACGAAAUAAAAGCCGUGGCUGCUGUAACAGCAAAGCAAGAGAAGUUUGAAAAUUCUAAAGAGCCCCUGAAGCUGUUCUCAGGGAGUAUGACAGGAGACAAGACAGACAAUGAAAACGACUCGGUUUGUGUGUCCAGAGAGGAGGACGAGAGCGAUUCAGAAGCCCUUAAGGAUGUGCUUAAUUUGCCAGGAGACCUUUUAGACGCUGAUCUUGUAAAUACUAUCAUGAAUGAAGAUGAUGAGGAGCUUAGUAAAAAUGCAGAUAAUCUUGAAAAGUUAGCUGAUUCUAAUUUAACAGAGGAACCUGACAUAUCAGAUUCUCUUUCUAAUUCUAACAAUUCAAAAGAUACCAAAGACGACAUAACAGAAAUACUUGGAUCUCACUUUAAUAUCGAGUCAAUUCCCAAUAUUAACAGUAAAGAUGUGGAAGACAUAUUUAAGGGUGUUUUAACUGAUGAAUCACAAGAAUCUGAGGAAAGUAAUAUGGUAUUUCCAAAGUCUAAUACAGUCACCAAUAGCACAUACAGCAGUAGUAACAGCAAUAACAAUCAGCCUGUUCUUCCUCAGGUCGUAUCUGCCUCUAUGAGACCUACAACAUUAACUAACGCUAACCAAAACAGUCUCAACUCACCUAUAAGCUUCCCACCGCAAUCCCCUUAUCAUUCUGAAUACAGCAAUAGUCCCCAGUUUAGUCCAGCGUUUUCUGAGCCUCCAAGUCCCUGGGUGUCAAUAAAUGACAGCGGGACUGGAGGCGUGGCAACCACCGAAGUCGAAACAACUAACGCUGUGGUGCCUUCUACUUAUAAUCAGCGUUCCUCAGAGAAAAUGAAAGCUGAUGAAGGUUUAGGAUCCGGUGCCACCAUAUCGGCCGUUCUCUAUGCCAACAUGAACCAUCCGGAAUGGAAAACCGAAUAUCCUACAUGGAAUGAUCGAUACAAGCAGAUUAUAAAAAAGUGGAGGACGUUGAGUACCGAACAGAAAGCUCCCUACUUGCAACAAGCCCGCGAUAAUAGGUCCGCGUUAAGAAUGAAAAAACAACAACAGAUGAGCAAGGAAGGCGUUGUAGCUAGCACGACGUCGUCCUCAGCAGCAGUGACUGCGGCUGCGAUCUCAAAGACGUCAGCCGUCCCCUUGCAGACCCAAGGAACCCUAUUGUCCGCUGCCAUUUCAGAGGUGUGCACCCCAACAACUACAACAACACCAACUACUACUACAACCAUCACCCCCGUAAUGCUACCAUUACUAACCAAUAUUUCGAAUGCCAGUAGCUCUGGGACGGUCGCAUCCCUUUCCUGUUCCUCCUCAUCAUCGUCCUCGAGUUCGUCGUCCUUGUCGUCGUCAUCGUCGAACUCGUCGCCCCCAAUUCCUCCCCGGCCCUUGUCGUUGCCUACGCCGACUCCUGCAUCUCCCACCACGCACCAACAGUUCACCGUACACAACAAGCACGUGUUGGGAGGGCGCGAUCACACGGGUCCUGCUCCCAACGUGACCGUGAACCCCCACUACCAGGAGCACGGCUCCCUCAAUCGACCAAUCAUAAUCCAUCCCUCCGCUGCCGAUCAGCAAAUACGUGUGCUGACCCCUAGUGAGAUUAUGCGCACCCUCCCGUCCCUCGGUCAGGAAACGUAUGAAACCGUAUCAUUGGUGAGAAUACGUGCUGCUCAAACUCGAUGUGAAUGGUUUUUUCGAAAUUUUUUUUCUUCGUUACUUUUGCGUAAAAAGUUAGAAUUUCGUUUUUUAUUUUCUUGGUGUCGUUUGUGCCUACGGUCUCCUUUAAAUAGUUCAUUGUAUAAUCGAGUUAAUGAUGGAAAUUUAUUUUUAUUAAUUUUUAGUAAUGGAGAUUGUUGGUACAAAUUAAUUUUAAUUUUGCAGUUUAAUUUUCAUUUUUUUUUUUUAAGUAACUGCGAUUGCCGAGAUUUAAUUUUGAGUAAUGAGCAUGAUAUCGUGUGCGUGUAUUCGUUGUUAUUAUCAUAUUUCAAUUUANCGUAA